GCCAUUUUCAAAAAGUCGUGCUUGCGAACGGACGGUGUUUCGUACAUGUGAAAGUUAUUUUUUACAGACUUGGUGUGUCGGUUCUCCAUAGCGGUACAGUUCGCAAGCGUUCCUCGCUCUUCUUAUUUGCCAAGUUCUCGAAAAAUAAUUGUACAAACACUUUUAUCAAAAUGACGGAUGUUUCGGCUAAAACUGAAAAGACCCCGGUCACCACCACUGAAAAGGAGGUCGAAUCGGAUGAGGCGACGCCACAAGUAGCGCCUGCCGAUGCGACAGAGGAAUCUGCAACCACCGAAAAAACUGCCGUUGAAACCGAUGGUGCUGCCGUCGACGCUGCGGAAGUAGCGGACAAGAACGGUGAAGAAGAGCCGGCCAAGGCAGACAAAGACAACGGUGUCGCUACGGAGGAGGAGGCUGCCACAGAGGGCGAACCGAAAGAGUCCUCGAACGAGGAUGGUGAGGACGCCAAGGAGCUGGACGGUGCUGACAAAGCGGCCGAAGCCACCAAGAGGAAAGCCACCACCGACGUGAAGGCUGACGGUGCUGUCGUGGAGGUUGACGGUGCCGAGCAUACGACGCCCGAAAAGAAGGCCAAACUUGACGAUAGCAGCGACGCCAAAGCUGCUGAAGAAGUUUCCACUUAGGACCGUACAUAAACAAACUUAACUUUAUAAUUAAUCAUCGUCAAUAUCUCGAUACAAACCUUCAUACAUUCAAUAAACUAUUCUUUCUGGAGUAACUAAACACACACACAUA